CCCCCCGUCUGACCCCACGGCUCUGCGCCCUCGGCCUUUGACCCCGGUGUUUGCUGGGCUGGUGCGGCGCCGCCGCCCCGCGUUUCCCAUCCAUGGCCGCCCCGCGCCGUCUCGCGCUGCCGCUGCUGCUGCUGGUGGGGCUGGGGCUGGGGCUGGGGCUGGGGCUUCGCCCCCCGCCGCCCUCCGCCCGCUGCCCGCUGGACGCCGUGGCGGCCGCCGAGGGGCUCCGGCUGCCCCAGCUUGCAGGGAGGUGGUUCCUGGUGGGCAUGGCAUCCCGCUGCAGCUACCUGGCAGAGCACAGCCACCAGCUGGAGGCCACAGUGGUGAUGGUGACCGUCCUGGACGGGCAGAGCCUGGCUGUCAGCACCUUCAGGAAGAUGGACGGGAUGUGCUGGGAAAUCAGGCAGCGCUAUGUCCCUGCGCGGGCCAGUGGACGCUUCCUCCUGAAGGGCCGCGGCUACGGCAGCAAGGUGGACAUGGUGGUGGGCGAGACGGACCAUAGCAGCUAUGCCAUCCUCUACUACCAGAAGGGCCGGAGCAUCUCUGUCAAGCUCUAUGGACGGAGCAGCCGGGUCAGUGAUGCCAUCGUGGAGAAGUUUGAGCAGCGGGUCAAGGCUGUGGGCCUGAGCGAAGACUUCACCUACUACUUCCCCACAUAUGGGUUUUGCGACUCUGCAGACGAGUUUCACAUCCUUGAUGAAACAAAGCCAUAGGUGCAGGAGGUCCCCAGAGCUCAGCCCUCAUCUUGUCCGGGCACCCAUGGCCAUGCAGGACCGAGCUGGUGUUUGACUGUGCCCCACUGCUGCUCCACAGCUCUGGAGCUGGCCCGCAGUCUCCCUGGCCCCUCCAGCCACACUGGCAGCCAUGCCUGUCCUCGUCCUGCCCCUCUGCAGCUUUGUGUUCCCCCUCUUCCUUGCAGCAGCCCGCAGCACCUCAAUAAAUGCCUUGGACAAAGGUCUGUGUCCAGGCAAGUCACCCCUCGAUUUGCCCCAGUGAGGCCAGUGCUGCCUCCACCCCUGGGCUCCUGGUGCCAGGCUGGGGGCG